CACAAUCACGAUGAUGAUAAAAACAAACUGCAUCACAUAAACCAUAUCUUAAUUCCAUAAUAAUAUAAUAAUCAUAUUCAAGAUCAAAUCAACUACCAGCAAAAACCCUAGAGAUCACCUCUCUCUCUCUCUCUCUCUCUUACUCGCUCACUCUCGCUUCCAUGGCGAUUCCGACGAACGAGUCGGUGUACUCGGCGAUGGCGCUGUUGUUCAUACUGGUGACCUGCGUCGAGCUCUGCGACGCCGUCGCCGUCGUCGAUGUCUACCGCCUCAUACAGUACGACAUCGGGGGCGUCCCCUUCGGAUCUCGCCUCGCCUCCCUCAACCACCACGCCGGCUCCUCUCUCUUCACUCCCGGCGCCGAUCUCUCCCGCACUGUCGUCAUGAUUCCUGUUACUGAACUCAACAUCACUUUCAUUCGAGAGUAUAUUGAACAGAAACAGCCAUUAGGGGGCUUAAUAUUUUUACUCCCUCGGAUGUUUAGUCCUGAAAACAAGGACGUUAAGUAUGGAGGUGAUGAAGAUCCUGGUAAAGAGCUGAUGAAGAACAUAUUAGUGGAACUGGAGCGGUUUCUUUUAUAUGCCAACAUUCCUUAUCCUGUGUAUUUCGCUUUCGAGGAUGACAAUAUCAACGCUGUGUUAGCUGAUGUCAAGAGGAAUGAUGUUACUGGUCAGCCUGCCACUGCAACCACUGGAGGAUACAAGCUUGUUGUUUCAGCACCGGAACCAAGGAAACUUGCAUCUCCGACAAUCACAAAUAUUCAGGGAUGGUUGCCAGGGUCGAAAACAGAUGGAGAUUCUACUCAACUACCAACCAUUGCCAUAGUGGCAUCAUAUGACACCUUCGGGGCGGCACCGGCUUUAUCAGUGGGAAGCGAUAGCAAUGGAAGUGGUGUUGUGGUGCUUCUUGAAAUUGCUAGGUUAUUUUCCCUUCUAUACUCGAAUCCUAAGACAAGAGGAAGAUACAAUUUGCUUUUUGGUCUUACAUCUGGUGGGCCUUACAACUAUAAUGGAACUCAUAAGUGGCUUCGAAGUUUCGAUCAACGUUUACGUGAGAGUAUUGAUUAUGCCAUCUGCUUGAAUAGUGUCGGCUCAUUGGAUAAGGACUUGUGGAUUCAUGUGUCUAAGCCUCCGGAAAAUGCCUACAUAAAACAGAUAUUUGAAGGUUUCUCAAAUGUAGCAGAAGAAUUGGGGCUUAAAGUUGGUCUCAAGCACAAGAAAAUAAAUAUUUCUAACCCUCGAGUAGCCUGGGAGCAUGAACAGUUCUCAAGGCUGAGAGUUACUGCAGCUACCCUUUCUGAACUGUCUGUUGCACCUGAAUUGCUAGAAAGCACUGGUGGUCUGUUCGAUAACAGACAUUUUGUGAACGAAGCUGCGAUUACUAGAACUGUCAAGUUGGUUGCAGAGAGUCUAGCGAGGCACAUCUAUGGCCACCAAGGAAAGAAUUUCAAGAUAUUUGCUGACGACAGUAGUUAUGCUAUCAAUCCUUCUUACAUAACAUCUUGGUUGGAUCUUUUGUCACGAACUCCUCGAGUGGCACCAUUUUUGUCAAAGAAUGACCCAAUAAUCACGGCAUUGAAAAAGGAAUUAGCCGAACAUACAGUUGAGGUGAGUUUACAGAAUGAGAUGCUUGAUGGGAUGUUCACGUUUUACGAUUCAACAAGAGGCAGGCUUAACAUCUAUCAGGUUGCCAGUGUUACAUUUGACCUGCUUUUGCUACUAGUGUUGGGAUCGUACUUGAUAAUCCUCUUCAGUUUUCUUGUUAUCACAACCAGGGGUCUUGAUGAUCUUAUCAGUCUAUUCCGCCGCCCUCACUCGCGUAAAGUAAAAAGCACUUGAUGGUUGCCGUGCUGGAUAUUUAGGCCUUUUCUUGUUCCGAUAGUGCUGUUUAUAUCCCAUGUAGCUUAUACUGGGAUAGUAUUUGGCUGAGUUCCUCGUGCCCUCUUACCUUCUGCAGGUUAAUUUAUUCUCACGAGUUUUUAUUUUGGUGUUUCACCUUAGGAAGAUAUUCUAUUGCAUUCCUGGAAAGAGAACAAUUAAGCUGCCCGGGAAAAUUUUGUUGAGAUAUUUCUUUCAUUAGCGUUGUAAUUUUGUGCCCUCCUUUUUUUGGCUGGCAUUGUAAUCUUCGUUGUGUAUGAGCAUUUACUUGUCCAUCGUUGUAUGCAGUAACACCAGUUUACAUAUGUCGGCCUAAUGCUUUGUAGUAGAAUACUGGCAAUCCAAUGCAGAAAGUUCAGGUAGUCUGAAACAACUGGACGUUGAGGCUUCAAAUGUUUUUCCAAUUCGGUAUGUA